GCGAAUGGAAUAGGCUACAAACAAGAAAGGCACCAUACCAGAAGUGUGAGCAGUGUUUGGUGGCACAGCUCUGUUGCGGGCAACUGAUCGCUUGAAAUCAUGCUGGAUUGACUGAAGAGGCUACUACAAUCAAUGGCUUGGCUUUGAAAUCGUUAACAUUUUAUUGGAAAGGAGUGUGUGAGACAGAGGGAGAGGGAGAGCGAGGGAACAAGAGAGUGCGCACGAGUGAGAGGGGAGAGAGAGGUGUAAAUAAAGAUUAUUUCAACAAUGGAACUUACAAUGGAAAACAUUGGAAAUCUGCACGGCGUAUCUCAUUCUCAUCAAACGGGUGACUUAAUGAACUCUCCGCACCACGCACGGCAGUCCUUGGCGUCGCAUCGGAACUUGGUGUCGCACGGACGGUCAGCCAUGGUGUCCAGUAUGGCCUCAAUAUUAGAGGGAGCUGGGGAGUAUCGCACAGACCAUGCAUUGUCCGGUCCCUUGCACCCCGCCAUGACUAUGUCCUGCGACUCCGGGAUGACCAUGAGCAGCACUUACACUACGCUGACACCGCUGCAGCACCUGCCUCCCAUAGCCACCGUCUCGGAUAAAUUUCACCAUCAUCCUCACCCGCACGCUCACCACCAUCCGGCCCAUCAGCGUCUCACCGCCGGUAACGUCAGCGGCAGCUUCACGCUCAUGCGGGACGACAGGAGCCUUGCCUCAAUGAGCAACCUCUACGGCCACUACCCUAAAGACAUGUCCGGCAUGGGCCAGCCACUGUCCCCUCUCUCCAACGGCCUCGGGUCUUUGCACAACUCGCAGCAGACUCUUGGUGCCUAUGGUCAGGGAGCCCACCUCUCCAACGACAAGAUGCUCUCUUCGGGAGGCUUCGAGUCUCACGCAGCGAUGCUGUCCCGGAGCGAGGAACACCUGGCCCGGGGAUUUGGGGGCCACGGGGCCGGGAUCAUGUCAUCCCUGAACGGUAUGCACCAUCACAGCCAUCCGCACUCUCAGGCUAACGGAUCCAUGCUCUCUGACCGGGAGAGGCAGACGGCGGGGGGCGGGCAGGGAGGUGGGUCCGGGCAGGUGGAAGAAAUAAACACCAAGGAGGUGGCACAACGAAUAACGGCGGAACUCAAGCGCUACAGCAUUCCCCAGGCCAUCUUCGCCCAGCGGAUCUUGUGUCGGUCCCAGGGAACCCUGUCUGACCUGCUGAGGAACCCUAAGCCCUGGAGUAAACUCAAGUCUGGCCGGGAAACCUUCCGGAGGAUGUGGAAGUGGCUGCAAGAACCGGAGUUCCAGAGAAUGUCGGCACUCAGACUAGCAGCCUGCAAGCGCAAGGAGCAGGAGCAGCACAAAGACUGCAACAUGGCGCCCAAAAAGCAGCGGCUGGUCUUCACGGACCUGCAGCGCCGCACACUCAUCGCCAUCUUCAAGGAGAACAAGCGCCCGUCCAAGGAGAUGCAGAUCACCAUCUCCCAGCAGCUGGGCCUGGAGCUCAACACCGUCAGCAACUUCUUCAUGAAUGCCCGGCGCCGCUGCGUGGAUCGCUGGCACGACGAACACGGCACCAGCCCCGGCCAGCCGGGCACCUCGGCCAACACCUUCUCCAAAGCCUGAGAGGCCCGGGGGGAGCCACGGAGUGGCAUGGGGAUGGGAAGGUAGUACCUCCUGUAGCCCACUCCGUUCCCAAUAACCAUGUUGAUGCCUCAUUCCUUCCAUGCAACCACCUCUUGGUCAGUCGUAACUUUAACCACAACGAUCUGAAAGUCUCACCACUGGACUGUUAUGAAGCAAGUGAAACGUAAAGGUAACAUGUAGUCAGGUCCACACAAGGACAAUCAUCUUUUUUUUGAUUGAAUUGGGUUUCUGUUGAUGGUGUCAGUCCAUCUACACUACAGGCACCAUGAUACGUUGCUAUGUUUAAACGAUCUCAACAUCAAGCCUCAGCCAGCCUCCCUAUCCAGGUAGUUGCUGCUGAAUCCCUCCAAGCUCUCCCCUUUGUGUCUGCUACGAGUCUGCUGAGCCCCAUUCUCUACUCACAUUUCUCAACAAAGACAAAAGAACAUCAAUAAACCUGACAGCACACAGCCCUGUUAUCUAACCCAGUCCUGUGCGCAAGACCAUCCUAGAGAAAACAACACAACCCCAUGAAAAAACAAAAGCUCGACCAGUCUUCUCCUCCCUCUCUCCACUCCUUCUUUGCCAAAGGUAUUCCCUGAUGGCCAGCCAUUUCAGCGAGCCACUCGGAUCAUACGCCGGCAAACUAAUGAAUUGAAAAAUGAAUCGAUGCAGACAGGGAGAGGGAGCAGGGCCUUGACCCUUCCUGAAGGUGAAACAGAAGACGCUUGGCAGUAAAGAUACUCAGGUCUGCCCGGCUGCCCAGGUCUAUAUUUUUGCACAGAUGUUGGAGGCCUGCAGGGAGACUGUCGUUGCUUUGGAGAAGCAGAAGCGUCUGUGUUUGUGACCAUCGGGGAGGAGAUAUGUCUGGACAUGCUCUUUGUUCAGGAGGGAGCUGCUUUUCACUGAUCAAUACAGAAACCAAGCGACAACACGGCCAGGCAGGCGUCCAGCCAACUGUAUUACAGCUGCUGCAGAAAAUAAUGUAAGAAGAGCACAUGGGGAACUCGAUGGAGGUGGCGACACAAUGGCCUCACCCGGCGGCAGUGUCCAGUCUACUCUGCACUGAAGGUGCCCUAGUGCCCCCUGCUGGUUAUAGGCGAAGCUGCAGACUGCAGUCCUCUUAGGAGAAGCUUCUCAGUGUGUUCCAGGGCUGGGGAAAGAGAGGCCAUGGCACAACAUUUUCAGGCCCUCGCACCUCUCUGAAGGCAGAUCAAUAGAGAGCCAUUAUCUUAUUGUUGUUCCUCAUCCAACAAGGACUGGUGAAGUAGGAGGAGGGGAUGGUUCAACCAGCCGCCUAUACACUGGGAAAAAGAAGAGGCAGGUUUUUAGUAAACACUCCAAAUUCGUUACCUUGAUAACACUCACCAAGCAAAUAGAUUACCUUGUGUCACAACAUACACGUCAGGUUAUUGAAAAUAUACACUCAGAAACACAUACAGUUGAUAUAGAGAUAUGUCUCAGUUUAAUUUAGUGGACAGAGGGGUAAUGAUGGAUGCAGAAACAUUUGAGGUGCUACGGAGAUUUAGUAUUACAUCAUCAUUUACGCAAAAAUGGUGGGGAGGCUCCCUGUUUUGAAACUGAAUGACACAGUUUAGAUGCAUCCGUCUUUUACCAAAAAUAGGGAUCAGCAGAUUUGGAAAAGAGCCAAUCUUCCACUUGAUAUUCCCACCCAAUGGUUAUUGUCUGUGGCUUGCUGCGACAUACUACAGUCACAAAUGCUACAAGAACUAGUGCCAAUGCUAACUGCCUUAAUGAUAAUCAGAGAAUAUGGCAUUGCAUUCACAUACAGCUACAGUGUGCCCUACUCCUAGUGAUGGGCAGUAUGUGCCAUAGCAACCCACAAUAAACUUUUAAGUGAAUUCGAAUCUGCUUUUUUAGAAAACAAAAAAAAUGUACCCGAUUUUAUUAAAGCAUACAAUACCAAACCUCAAAACUACAAAGAUACCACAAUAUGUUACAAAGAAAAUCCACUGACACAUACAGGACACAUUUUGAAACAGAGGAAAAUCUCUCUCGCUUUCAUUCUAUCUUUGGUUAUCUACCUCCUCUUCCCCUACCCCCUCUUUUCCCUCUCUUUCUUUCUUACACUCUAUAAUAUUGAUGCGGGUAAUUAGUACCAUAGACACAAAGUUUAUAUUUCUUGUUACUUUUGUGCUCUGUCGUGCAUAAGUAAGGCACCUUGUUGAUAAAUCAAAAAAAGACAAAUGUAAGGACUUUUUAAAAGAAAAAAAAGAUGGAUGCAAGGACCGAGACCAAUGAAGGACAUCUUUUUUUGCAUUAUAUGUGAAUAUUGACGAGGAGGAGAUAUCUCCCAAGAGAAGGACAAACCAGGGAGAUGGACGAUGUAUUCUUUCGUGGCGUUUCAUGUCGGGCUGCGGUCCGUACAUCAGCACCCCUUUAAUCUGAGCCUCAAAACUGGCUGUGGAAAGGGGACGCAGCAUGACCUCCAUACGUCCUUUCUGGUUAUGUGUGUGUAUGGGGGGGGGGGGGGGGGGGGGUGAAGGUUAAAGGGGAGUUGGAACAUGGAUGCUAUCUGAAUGGUCUUAAAAUGCAACUGUAGCAUUUCCAACAAUAUAGUUAGAUUAACUGUGCAGAUUAGAUAAGACAUUGUCAUGGUAAAUGGUUUGAUAAAAUGGCUGUAAACUCACUUUGCUAUAAGCAGUGAGUUUGAAGUCUCGAACGAUGAGAAAAAUUGAUUUGUGGUACACAGUUCAGCAAGGAUAGGAUUCAGCUCUGUGUCCGUGGCUGAAAAAAAAUGACCUUUGUUUGUAGUGAGAACCAAUGUGGCUACCUCACUAAGCUGAGUGGUUUGUGAAACCGCCACGAAUACCAAAGAUUACUCCAGCCUGCCAGUCCCAAUGCUGCCUGGGGGACACACCAAAAAGAGCCCCCCUCUGCCCCAACGCUGUUACAGACAGACACAAUGACACAGUUAGACACACUGACAUGCUCCAUACACACACAGUGCAGUCAGGCUGCAUUGUGCCACAAAGGAGGAGGUGGCUACCAUGUAGAUUGAGUUGAGUGCCUUUUUCCUUCAACCACGGGUGGGACUGCUCUGGACACACACACGCGCGCACACACACACACACACACACACACACUCACACAUAGACAUUACAUUCAUUAUUAGAUGGACAGAAAGGGGGGCCAAACAAAGGGCGUGGGGGCUGUGUCAGCAUCUUCUUUCAUGUUGACUUUCCAUCUUGAUACACUAGAAUCCAAGCACUUUAUCAUGAAGGAAGUCUAGAAAACAUUUUCUAUACACUAUUUAUUUGAGACAAAAAAUAUGUUACUUCGAAUUCCUUCGAUGGCUUUGUUACCGCGCAGUAGUUGCUGUCGGAGUAGUUGCUGUCGGAGUAGCGCAGAGCCCUAGUUUCUGUAGCCUGGUGUUCUUCUGCUCUCUGUCCCUUUACCCCUCCCAACAGAGAUAUUUUUAUGUAACAGAAAGGGAGGUGGUUAAGGGCUUUGACAGAAGUCAGAAGUGACCAGGUUGUAGUUGUAAUAAUCGCCCCACUGCAUGCCACUCUCUCUCUCCACACCUGGUGCCAGAACUAAUGAAGCACUGGGCACUGGAACAGUCAUUGACAAUUAUAGACUGACACAACUUCCCUCUCCCUCCAACCCCACCCUGUCUACUCGUCUCACACAUCAACUUCUCCCCCUGGCCAGAGCUAAGACUUGGUAGGCAUGUGUUGACAAUUAAUUCUGAAAUACCUCAAACCUUUCAUGUAAAGUUUAUGUAAUUUAACUUAAAAUAGUAAUGCGAAUGAUAACAAUGAUUAUGAUACUACGAUACUAUGAUAGUUAGUUUUGGAACUUGUAACUUGAAGCUUUAUACUGUUACAUUUUUGAAUUUGUUUGCUCAUUUUCUUGUCUGUUUCCUGCUUGUUUUGCUAGGGCAUGAACUUAAUGUUUUCAGAAAGACAUUGUGAACGUUUCUGUGGAAGUUAAAAUGGGAAAAGAACAAGGGAUAGGGGAGAAGGCUAUUAUAAGAGGAAGGAAAGAGAGAAAGAGUGCUACAAGACAUAGUUAGCUCAACUCUUUGAGAGGCGUUUUUUCAAAGACAAAAAAAAACACGGAUUUGGAUCGAAUUCCAAAAAGUAUCAUUUGAAUAUCAACCAAAGGAAGACCUUUUUUACUCAUCCUAAGCUUUCGUCUGCCAUGUUGUUCUCUUUUCUCCAAAACAAGUCCACAGUUACUUUGGAAGGUUCCUGAGUGUGUUCAAGUACUCCUGAUGUUAUUCAAAUAUUAAAAAAACAGCACCUCUCACUGAAAGGGGGGUGCAACCUUUUUUUUCUGCAUGGAUAUUGUAUAACUGUAUAGAAACCUAC